CCAUCCCUCCGAGUCCAUCCACUGCUACUGCUCCUUCACGACCUCAAGCCACUACUGGACAGCAUCUGAAUCACGGUUAUUCUUCAUAAGUACUAGGUUGCAGAAAUGAUUGGGCCCGACAUUCCCGCACACGUCCUUGCCGGGUCUUCGUCUCGGAACGACGAAAGCUCAGAAGAAGAGGGACCCGCACCCGCACCAGUGGGUCCGCAAAUACCCUCACAUCUCACAGCCGGCCCUUCGAAACCCACUGCAUCUGCUGCCGCCGCAGAGGAAGAAGAGGACGAUGAUGACGACUAUGCACCUCAGCUACCUCCGGACCUGGCGGCUGCCCGUGCUUCGACAGCCAAGAAAGUGCUUGGGCCGACGUUCCCGCCGUCUAUGACUGGGCGGUGGUACGACGACGAUGACGAUGAUGACGACGUGGGCCCGCGACCGCUGCCGCAGGGGUAUGUUGCUGAGGAGAAAGACGGCGUGCAGGAGUUCUUGGAGAAGGAGGAGCGGAGAAGGAAACGGAUUGAGGAAGCGUCAAAACCGAAGGCACUUCAACGAGACGAAUGGAUGCUUGUUCCUCCGUCAUCGUCCGAUCUCCUUGGCUCCAUUGACCCAACAAAGCUUACGAAAGGACGGCAAUUCGCACGCACCGCUCAACCCUCGCGCGACGCGGACAAUUCUCUCUGGACAGAGACGCCUGCACAGCGCCAACAGCGUAUUGCCGAUGAGGUUGCCGGAAAACGUCGACGAGCAACGGAUGUCAGUGCCGUAGAAGAGGACGCCGACGCGCGGAAACGGCGGAAAUAUGAGGAAGAGGUCCGGAAGGGAGUGGAAGAACACACGAAAACUGUACGUGGUGCUGCAUUACUCAAGCAGCACGAGCGUGUGUCUGCAGCAAAGGAGGCCGAAAAAGGCGAGAAGGACGAAACGCCUGCAUUCUGGGACCGCGACCGGGACAUGGGGCUCGGGGGAAGACUCAUGGAUGACAGUACGCGGGACAAGUUCAUCCGCGAGGCGAAGGGCUUGGGAGACAGGUUUGGUUCCGGCAAAAGUGGGUUCCUGUGACGUGUACGGAGAUGUACGGUUGGACAGCAUCG